ACAAGCACACACACACAAACACCAGGGUCUUGUCACUUAUUUUCGUUUCCUGCCUCCCCAGCUGCUCGGACCCUUCCCUCCCCUCUUCCACUCGGUCUCUGCCUUCCUCAGCCCAUUCGAGCUCUCUCCUCUCCACCCUGUGGUUGUGAGCGUGGAUUUUCUGGGGGGUGAGCGAUGUGUUGUUCGGUGGGUUUUGCCAGGUCUCUGGGCCUGGCUCUGUUGCCUCUGGCCCUUUGCUGUAUUGUGGCAAACCUGCUACUGCUGUUUCCCAUGGGAGAAAUCACCUACAUUAAGCAGGACCGCCUGGCCAGCUACAUCUGGUACUUUGGUGGCCUAGGAGGUGGGGGGCUGUUGAUGCUGGUUCCAGCUGUUGCCUUCACCACGCUGGGGAAAUGUAGUUGCUGCUGGAAUGAGAGUUUAAUGAUGUGUGGGUCAGUGUUGGCAGCUGUGGUCGGUCUGGUGGGGUCUGCCUACUGUUUCAUCGUAUCAGGGUAUGCACUUCUGCAGGGCCCCCAAUGCUUCACCUCGUAUGGAUGGUCGUAUCCCUUUGCAGACCAAAAGGGCAGGUAUCUUCUGCAGCCAGAAACGUGGACACGGUGCCUUCAGCCGGUUAACAUCAUAGAGUGGAACAUCACUCUGCUGUGUGUCUUACUGGGCCUGGCAGUGCUGGAGUUCAUCAUCUGUCUCCUACAGCUGGGAAAUGGCCUAGUCAACGCUGUCUGCCGGCCCUGCUGCUACAAGCAGGAGUACAGUCUUAAUGCUUAGAUUCACCUGCACAGACAUACCACAGAUGCAUACAGAUACAACCAUAUCGUACAUGUACAUUACAGUAAUGGACACAAGCACAAAAGGAAGUCUCCACACAUAACCUCACUGCAACGUGUGUGCGUGUGUGUGUUUGAUUACAGCACCACAUCUCCAGUCAGCCAGGUUAGAUUUGUAAUCAGUUUAUUUUCAAGUUCAGUCAAAGUCACCAGUGGUGCCAGGAUAUGUGUCUGCAACAAUGUAGCUCUGUAUGACUUUUUUUUAUUCCAUAAGUAGGACAUUGUAACCUACUUUAAAAGCAGGCAUAGCAAGCCAACAUGUACAGAUAGUAAGAGAGGAUGGGAGUAUUAGGUUUACUGAAGUAAAGUCUGUCAAACGUGGUGCACAGGCUUGCUCAGUUUCUUCACUGUUAUUUUAUGUUGUAUGCUACACAGCUGUGUUAACAUUUUUAAGGCCUGAAGAGAACUACGUUAAUAACAGAGCAAUCAGUAUCAAAUCAACUGCCUGAUAUUGUUUGAUAAUGUGAACAUUACCUUCUUUUGGGUAUUUCCUUUCCAUGGUUAAUGGUGUUUUUGCAAGAAACAGUGCGUGUUGCCAUGAUUAUAGUCUUUGAAUGUGCCAUCUUGGCUAAAAUGAAGCACAGUGAUGUGCCCUUUAUGUCUAAUUUUAUUUUUGUGGUCCCAGGACUUGCAGUGUGUUGGAUCACACAUGCAACACAAUCCGAUUUUCUUUUUGUGCAUGUGUGUGUGUGUGUGUGCGUGUAUGUUUUUACAUCUAUUUUAAUUUUCAGUAUACUUUGUUGUAAAUUGUUGUCUUAAUGUUUCUCAGAUGCUAGUCCAGUGUUAACAAACAUUAUAUAUAUAUAUAUAUACACACACACACACACACACACACACACA